AUGAGCGAUGAUUACUCUGAUGAUUUCUCAAGAGGGAGCGAACUCUUUGAGAAGACUAACAAGGGAGAGAUCAUCAUCGAUGAAAUUCAAGACUUGGAUGGUGACCGUAACUUACAACAGAAACUCAAUAGAUCUGAGCAUAACACCCAUCGGCUUAAGCAACCAAUUGAUUACAGUAAUUCCAAUAAUGUAUUCAUUGCUGAAAAUCCUUUCGUAUUCAAAGAACCGGACAGAUACACUCAUUGGAAGACAGUUGAUAAAGUAGAUGUCCGGGACAUCAUCAGAGGAGACAUACAGCAGCUUAAUACAGUCAUGAAUGAGCUAGCCUUCAGUAACUUCAACGAUCCUGCCUUUGUCAAGCCAACCAAGGAAGGUCAGAGUGCUCUCCAGACUUUGCAGUUCUCUUUGCAAUAUAUGAUGUUCACUCAAAGUGAGAUGGUCAAUAGAAUAAACAGCUUGCACCAGUAUUGCCAAAAUGGAAAAGAGCAACUCCAACAACUGAAGAAAAUAGAAAAGGCGCAAAAAGAGAGAAUUACAAAACAAAAGAAGAUUGACAGGAAGCUCAAUGAGCAAGCUUUGCACUAUGAAUUCCUGAUCAAAAGAUUCAGGCCAGACCUCGAUCCUGAGAAAUUAGAGGAGCUCCAGACAGAUAUUAGCAUGCUACAGUCCAGUCAGCAUACAAGACCAGUUCCUGAGAUGGCCCAGAAGUCAAUGAAGGAAACUAAAGAGAAGCUUGCUAAAUCUCAGAAGAAAGAGGCCAAACCAAAGAAACCUAAGACUGCUGAAGUUGGAGUUGACAGUCAGCAGGACUUUAUGAGAGACAUUGAAGACAAACUCUAUAGGAAACAAGUAGAAGUUGAAAAGCUCAAUUCAGAACUCAGAAGGAUCAAAAUGUCAGAUGAAGGCCUUGAUGAAUACCAAGCCCAAAGAGUCAGAGCUCUCACCAAAGUCAUGCAGGAGGUAAUCAAGGAUGAUUAUGACCCUGACAGAGAUUCUGUAGCUAGACUCCUAGGAAUCGACAGGCUUCUCCAACAAGACUCUAGUCGAAGAGAAGCUGAUAACACCAAAAGGAUCCAGGAUGACCUCCAGAAACAACUCGAUCGAGAACGCCGGGAAUCUAGAAUCCGGGAGCAAGAGUCUGAAACCAGAGCUUACGAGAAAGCCAAAAGAGAAUUUGAAUUCGAGACAAGAAAGUUAGAAAUGGAACGCAAGCAAAAGGAGAUUGAGGAAAAUAGGAAAAAGGACAGAGAAUGGCAACAGAAAAUUGACCAAGAGAAGAGAGCCAAAAAGAACACCCUUAGUGUUGGGAAUAACCUAGCUACUAUGAGUAUUGAGCCUGCUGUGGCUCAGAAGCAGCCUGAGAAACCUCAACCAAAAGUGGCUAACAACAUCUCUCCCAUCAGAAAGCCAGCCGUAACAAAGAAAGAUGAUGACACUGAUGAUAUUGACGAGGAUAUAGACGAAGCUUACUCAGACUCUUUCCUGCAAGAAAGUGAUACAGACAAGGAAGAGGCUAAAGAGCAUCCUACAAAACUACCUGAUUCCAAACCAUCAAAGCCUUCGGGUACAAAUUUCUUAAACAAGUUUGGUGGAAACAUAGAAGACAUUGAUGAGUCUGGCACAAUAGACUUCAACUUAACAGAAACAGGAAGUAUGGCUGAUAGUCUCAUAAUGCCACUGGGAGGGAAGAGUGUCAAAGGACAUAUCUCAGAAUCCGCCAAAGACAGGGCUGCCAAGAUUGAAAGGCUGACUAAAGGUAAAGAUCCAUUCUCUAACUAUGUCCCUGAGCAGCCUGAAGAAGAUGAAGAUGAGAUUUCAGAAGACCAGCACAGUUCAUUCAACUUUUAA